AUGAAUUCAUCGUUUGAGGAUUUCGGUGAUGCCGUAUCAGCCAAUUUCGAAGAUAUUGACUUCGAUACAUUUACAAAUUUUAUAGCUGAUGUAGACUUAGAUUUCAUACUAACAAGCUGUGAGGCUCAAUCACCAAACGCUCAACACAGUGAUGAAAAUUCUUCCCGGAAAAACAGCACUUUAGCAAGCCUUCUUAGACCACAGCCAUCGACAGCUUUUGUUCCUCCAGCUCCACAAAUUUCCAUUGGGAAUAACAGUGUUAUUGAAAAUGGAAACGAUAAGCCCAUAUCUUUGAAUGGUAUUGUAAACGACAAACACCCUCAGUUGAAAAAUGCUUUGAUUCAAGAAAAAUCUCUGCAUCAACCACCACAUCCUGUUGUGGUUGAUAAUAUGAAUUCAGCAUUUUACUCCUGUGUUUCUCAGAAUGCGUCUUACAAUGGUCUAUCGUCAGUCUCAGUUUGUUCUUCAAAUGGCUAUCCAAGUGAUGUCUGUAAACUUACACCAAGUAAUUGCGUUCCAUCAGUUCAUGACGAUGACAGUAAAUCUAAUCGACGUUCACCACACAAUGCUAUCGAGAAACGAUAUCGCCAAAGUAUCAAUGGCAAAAUCAAUGAACUUCGGGAGCUUUUGAACGCGAGUUCUGGGGAUGAUGCAAAAAGCAACAAAUCUGCCGUUUUGCGUCGAGCCAUUGAUCGUAUACGUUACCUGGAAAAGGAAAAUGAAUGUCUUAAAAUUCGACUCCAACUGUAUGAAAAUGGUUACGCAAUUACUAACACCGAAGAAGAUAAUGAUGGUAUUGGAGUAAAGACUAAAAGAAAUCGACUGGUCUGCACGAAGACCGAUCCAUCUACACCGCCUCAUUCUCAACCCCUAACUAAUGGCGCUUUUACCCAUCACAACCACCAUCAACAACCGCACCAUCAGUCCAUAAGCAGCACUCAGCCUCCUGGUAUUUUACAGAAACCCCAGCCACCGACAUGGAAUGGGCAAAUGGCGCGUUUGGGUUCUUCAGAGGGUUCUGGUUCUCCACCCUCCAUCAAUGUACCUUCGUUGCUCUCGUCCAACUCUGAUGAUAUCUCUGCCAUCUCCUCACCAGAGUCCUAUCAAUACGUUCAAGUCAACAGAAAACGCAGCGCUGAUAGCCAACUAUUCCAGCACCUUUGUCCACCUGGCGCGAAAAUGUGCACAUUCUACGCUCUGGAUAAUGAAACUGCUGCCAACGACAACAAUUUCAUUCACCCGGUAACCAAUGGCAGUUGUUAUGACGGUCAUGUGUCUCAGUACACACCACCUGAUGUUAAGUACUGUGGCAACGGGAUAGGUUCGUCCUACGGCUAUCAUUCACAUACUCCACUCACUUCUCGUGCUGAAAGCAAUUUCACUCGUUUGAGCCUUUUCUGGGGGUCUUUCUCUCUUCUCAUGUUCAAUCCGUUCAUCAUCCCAUCUGGAGAUACAAAUGGAACUGCGGGUGCUAAAGCGACAGGAAUGCCUAUUCGACGAUUACUCUCAGCUCUGUCUUUCUCUGAUGACAGUAUCAGUGCAAAUGGGGAUGGAAUUGGAUUAGCUCUUAGCCCAAUGUUCCUUUCAUUUAUGUAUCUGGCUCAAUGGAUUGUGGCCAUUAUGCUUCUGUUCUUCGCUUGUCCACGCCAAUUUGGAUUCGGUUUUGUAUCUAGAAGAAGUGCUAGUAGACGUGCUCAAGUGCCUGUUGAUCAGUUACCGGGUGGAAAAAUUGCUCUGGUGCAUUGGAAGUUGUCUGAAGAAUUCUUGACAUCGGGCGAUUGGAAUAAAGCAGGAAGUCACUUAAAGAAUGCCCUAGCAACAUUGAGUGUAUCACCGUGUUUUGAGGGGGGCACAAUGUCCAUGUUUUGGGCUCGAUUGAGUGCUUACGCCAAGGGGCUGCGUUUCAUUCUCUACCACCUACCUCUGCUGAUUUGGUUCUUCUUGCGCGGUGCCCCCGCCUCAAAGGAGUCCUCGAAGAGAGGCCUUGCACAGGAAGCGGAUGCUACCAUCACUAUAGCAAAAAUUAGAAGACGACUUCUUGAACUCAAAUUUCUUCACCUGGUGCAUUUGUCUGAUGACGAUCCGGUUCCACCUUCUUGUACUGUUGUUGGCGAUAUGCCCACACACGAGUGUCUUCAAGUUGUCCAUCUAAUGUUCGACUGUCUGGGAGAUUUCUGCAGAGAUUGGCGCCUUCUACGUUCUGGCAAACCGGUCGAUGCCACUGAACUUAUCCUCUUCGGAUUCACUCUCUCACUAACUGUCAAACGAUUUUUUGGCGUUAAUUCCCUCGGUAAUAUGCUUCUGCGUGCGACACAAACCCUGGCAAAGCAGAUGGAUGAAAAGUCUAUUCUGGACCUGGGUGCCAAUAAUGAACUUGCAAUGAGUAUUUUGCUGGCACCACCUUCCAAUGACUUUUGUCAGAAACGUCGCUUGGCUCAAAUGGACACCUACUCGGGUAUUCUUUGCACUGGUGGGGAAGCUCCACCAACCUCUCUCCUGAUCCUCGAAGUCUACCAGGAUAUUUGUGAAACACUUGCGAGGAAAACUAUCAAGUGCGUCGUCUCGGCAGAUCUUGAUUCGGCCUCAUCAUUUAAAUCCUACGUUGAGACCAUUAAGCGAAUGACAACACGCCUCUAUGUGGAGCAGAAGAGAUGUGUUGACAACACCUCAGACGAUGGCUCAGUUGACUCAACUUCAACUCUCGCCGAAGAAGACGAUGAUGAUUCCCUUGUGGAGGUUAGAAGGUGCAACAUUUCUAACUGCUUGGACUUCCUUAAUUUGUAUGAAAAAUGGUAUACUGGUGCUCUGGACUUUGAGAAUUUUGAUCCCCAAGAUUACUUCAAGGUGAAUCCCUCAAAGAUGGAUCUCAAUGAUCGUUUCGUCUACAUGGCCUUCUGCCUUUUGCAUCAAACCCAUUUAAGCAAAUUCAAGUCGUCCGAUACCACGCCUCAGGAAUUGGAGAAAUCGAUCAUCGGCGCUUGGGAGACUCUGAACGAAAUUUUUGGUGUUCUCAACCGAAUUUCAGGAUCUAGAACUCAGGAACUGUUGGAUGUAUCUGCUGUCGGGAAUGUAAAUGUUUGGAACUACAUCCAUGAAGCCUAUCAUCUCGUCGCUCAGGAUUGGAUAAUGCAGGCGUUGAAUUGCAUUGCAACACGUUUCCUUGGUGACGACUUCAACUCGGAAGAAAUGACUUCCUACGGUAGUAUGUCGCAAAAAAUUCCUACUUCUUUCACGAACAUCAUGCUUCUUUUUUCUACUCUUCUCGAGCGCCAAAGGAGUCUUGUCAGCUCGCUGAAUGCGUCUCCAACUCUCUGGCUAACUCACGUCGAAACCAUCUAUCGGCGUCUAAAUUGCGCUAAUCCGGUUUCUACUACCAUGAGCGACGAUUUAAAGUUGCGCAUGAGGUUGACUAAUCGCCAAUUGCGGAAUAAAUUUAUUGGACAAUGA